GGAAACUCGUUGUACGAACAAUCCGCCUGCGCCAUUUACCUCUCCGCCCCCCGAAUCCCCUUCACCUCAAUCUCCAUCUCCCUCUCACCUACCAACCCCCAUUCCUUUCAACCGAACACGCGCAACACAUCACCAACCAUGGCCAACUACCUCGCGUCCAUCUUCGGCACAGAGCAAGACAAAGUCAACUGCUCGUUCUACUACAAGAUCGGCGCGUGUCGACACGGCGACCGCUGCUCCCGAAAGCACGUCAAGCCUUCAUACUCCCAGACGAUCUUGAUGCCAAACAUGUACCAGAACCCGGCGUACGACCCGAAGAACAAGAUGAAUCCGAGUCAGCUACAGAACCAUUUCGAUGCGUUUUAUGAGGACGUGUGGUGCGAGAUGUGCAAGUAUGGUGAAUUGGAGGAAUUGGUGGUUUGUGAUAAUAAUAAUGAUCAUCUUAUCGGAAACGUCUACGCACGAUUCAAAUACGAAGAAGACGCUCAGGCAGCCUGCGAUGCUUUGAAUUCGCGUUGGUACGCGGCCCGGCCCAUAUACUGUGAACUAUCACCGGUGACGGAUUUCCGAGAAGCGUGUUGUCGGUUAAAUAGUGGGGAGGGAUGUGUACGUGGCGGGUUCUGCAAUUUCAUUCAUCGGAAGGAUCCCAGUAAUGAGUUGGAUCGGGAUUUGAGGCUUAGUACGAAGAAGUGGCUCAAGGAGCGUGGUAGGGAUGCGAGAAGUGUUAGUCGCAGUCCUAGUCCGGAGCCUACUCGGAGGAGGUUCUAA